GUAGAUACUUUAUCGAGUGAGCAGCAUAACUAAGUUGCCUUUUACCUUUCCACGCAAAAUUGGAAGAUGGAAAGUACCUUUGAUUCCAAAAUUGGCAAAUUGCCACCCGCCGGCCGACGCUGAUCGCCGCUUGGUAGUCCGCACUCAAGCCUCCUUCCUGGCCAUAACAACGCUGUUCCCGCCGACCUAACUCGUGACGGAAUCUCCUUCUCGCCGCCUAUUCUCCUCCGUUCUUCCACCCACGCUUGAUUACUUCCAAAGAUCAUGGAAGCGGCGUCGAUUGCGGUCGGGCUUCCCCAAACGAGACUUACCGUCGCCUCUCAUAAACUCUCGAGCUCGAGUUCGAAGGUUGGGUCAGUUACAUCGGUGUCUUUCCUGGAGAGUCUAUCUGCUCAGACUUCUCUAGUGUUAACUGCAAGCCCUAUUGAGAAAGCAGCUCCAAUUGACGCUGGAUCUCGAGGUAGGAAGAGAAAUGUUGUUGCCCAAUCAUUCGCUGCUCCUUCCGCAGGAAUCUGCCCUUUCCAUCGGACUUCUUCAUUCCAGAGUCAAUCGCAAACCGAUGAAGAGAAAAUCGGUCUGCUGCUUCUAAACCUUGGAGGCCCAGAAACGCUUCAGGAUGUUCAGCCAUUCCUGUUCAAUUUGUUUGCUGAUCCAGAUAUUAUCCGCUUACCUAGGCCAUUCCAGUUUCUUCAGAAGCCAUUGGCACAGUUAAUUUCUGUUCUCCGUGCUCCUAAGAGCAAAGAAGGGUAUGCUGCCAUCGGUGGUGGCUCACCUUUGCGUAAAAUAACUGAUGAGCAGGCUCAUGCUAUCAAGGAUGCCUUGCAAGCAAAGGAUGUGAGUGUAAAUGUCUAUGUUGGAAUGCGGUACUGGUACCCUUUUACAGAGGAGGCAAUUCACCAGAUAAAGAAGGACAGGAUAACAAGGCUUGUUGUGCUGCCUCUUUAUCCACAGUUCUCCAUAUCUACAACUGGUUCUAGCCUUCGUAUUCUUGAGAAUACGUUCAGCAAGGAUGCGUAUCUCUCAAGAUUGCCUGUUUCCGUCAUUGAGUCAUGGUAUAAACGACAAGGUUAUGUAAAAUCUAUGGCUGACUUGAUAGAGAAAGAGUUGCAGACAUUUUCCAAGCCUGAUGAGGUGAUGAUAUUCUUCAGUGCUCAUGGGGUGCCAGUGAGUUAUGUGGAGGUAGCAGGAGAUCCAUACAAAGAUCAGAUGGAGGAUUGCAUUUACUUGAUUAUGCAAGAGUUGAAGGCUAGGGGAGUUUACAAUGAUCAUACCCUUGCUUACCAGAGCCGAGUUGGACCAGUCCAGUGGCUGAAGCCUUAUACCGACGAGGUUCUUGUGGAGCUCGGCAAUAAAGGGGUGAAAAGCCUCUUGGCUGUCCCUGUCAGCUUUGUGAGCGAGCAUAUAGAAACUCUUGAAGAGAUCGACAUGGAAUACAGAGAACUGGCCCUUGAAUCUGGGAUUGAGAGCUGGGGCCGCGUACCCGCUUUAGGGUGCACCUCGUCUUUCAUCACAGAUCUGGCUGAUGUUGUUGUCGAAGCCUUACCAUCGGCCAAAGCCAUUGCAGCCUCGAGUGGCAGCGCUGGAGAGAUAGACAACUAUGACCCUUUCAGAUAUGCCAUCAAGUUGUUGUUCGGUUCAGUUUUGGCCUGUGUGUUGCUUUUCUCUCCAAAGAUGUUCGUUGCAUUCAGGAACCAACUCUUGUAGGAACGAACGAAAGAACUAUAUCAUGUAACUACGUAUCUUGUUUUGGAAUGCAACCAGUAGUGAGUAGCAUUUGCAUAAAAUGAGGCCUUUGGUUAUAGCAUUUGCAUAAAAUAAACGUUAAAAU